CUUCACUUACCUGCAAAUUUCAGCUGAUUUCGACCAUUUCUGCUGUCACUGAUCGAUUCUUUUGGGGUUUUCUUGAUUUUUAGCAUCUGGGUUUCAUUCUAUUUGACUUGCAGUGUCGAGGGAAAUCGUGGGUAUCACUGAUUUCUUUGCGUUAGCAUAGCUAGUGAGUUCAUGGGUCAUUUUUGUAGCCCCGUUGACGAUUUAAUGGAUACCCUCUUUCUAAUUGCUUAGCUUCUCUGAUGUUCUUGGGUUCAUAAAUCGUUUGAAUGUUUCUUUAGAUUUGAAUGCUUGCUGUUCAUUGUGAUGGCUGGAGUAAUGUUCGCGUGGAUCUGUAUUGUUCUUUAGCUCUUCUUCUCUUACCUUCUAAUAUGUCACUGGACCUUGUUUUCUUGGUUGUUCUUCCAUUGGUAAACCUAAAGUUCUGUUGAGCAAUGGAGUUUUUUGGCUACUUUUCAGGGAUUGAUGUUAGAAUCGAAUUUGAUUUAGUGUUUGUUUUCGAGUUGCUCGGGUUUGAUAUUGCUGUAUGUAUUUGAUGGUCCCGUUUGAUAACCAUUUGGUUUUUUGAAGUUAAGCCUUCAAAUAAGCUUUCACCUACGAGUUUCCUUGUUUUGUUAGCUACUUUUUACGUAUUGAAAACUAAACAAAGUAGUUCGUUGUAGAGCAAUGACGAGAACGUAUUGAGAAUUGAAAUGUUUUCUUAAGAAAGACGAAGCUCGUUGUAGUGCAAUGACGAGAAAGCAAACACAAUUUUACGAACGAAUGCUUAUCCUUAUGAACUGAUUUAUCUGAGCCAUAGAUCCAAUUCACUGAUAGAAACCAGGGAUUGCAGAUACUCUUCGAACCAUCGGCAUCGCUUAUAUGAUUCCUUUACUGGCUUACACCUUACCCCUUGCACGGGAAGACUGUCGAUCCGUUCUUAUCGCGUUUCUGAUUUGGGAUAUGUGAGAGGUCAAAUGGUUGUCGUUUAGAGGAAGCUAUUAAGCCAAGUGGUUCGUCGUUCGCUCGUGGGGGUUUGUUUAAUAGCUUGGUUCGUUCUAGGUUCGAUCACAACAGGUUGCCAUAUCGGUUCGUCGUAAAGAUAUAAAGAUAAGAGGCUUCUAUGGCUACUGAGGGCAGUCCCAGGACUGAUAUCUCAACAGAUGGGGACACAGACGAAAAAAGUCGGAGGUCGAACGAUCGGGCCCUAACACUUGUUAUGGCUUCGGAUUCUAGUGACAGAUCAAAGGAUAAAACUGAUCAGAAGACUCUUCGUCGGUUAGCUCAAAAUCGUGAGGCUGCUAGGAAAAGUCGAUUGAGGAAGAAAGCUUAUGUUCAACAACUAGAGAGCAGUCGUUUAAAGCUGACACAACUCGAGCAGGAGCUUCAACGAGCACGACAGCAGGGAAUUUUCAUAUCAAGCUCAGGUGACCAGACCCAUUCAAUGAGUGGCAAUGGAGCCAUGGCAUUCGACGUAGAAUAUGCUCGAUGGCUUGAAGAUCACAACCGUCAAAUGAACGAAUUGAGAUCCGCUGUUAAUUCUCAUGCAAGUGACCCGGAACUGCGUAUUGUAGUCGAUGGCAUCUUGGUUCAUUACGAUGAGCUUUUCAGGCUCAAGGGAAAUGCAGCGAAGGCUGACGUUUUCCAUUUGUUAUCAGGCAUGUGGAAAACACCUGCCGAAAGAUGUUUUCUUUGGCUCGGGGGUUUUCGUUCCUCCGAGCUCCUAAAGCUUCUUGUAAAUCAACUGGAGCCUCUAACAGAGCAGCAGUUGGUGGGAAUCACAAACUUGCAGCAGUCAUCACAGCAAGCAGAAGAUGCUUUAUCACAAGGGAUGGAGGCCUUGCAACAGUCCCUGGCCGAGACGUUGUCGAGUGGAUCUCUCGGCUCCUCCAGUUCGUCGGGGAACGUUGCAAACUACAUGGGUCAGAUGGCUAUGGCGAUGGGUAAACUCGGGACGCUCGAGGGUUUUAUACGCCAAGCCGACAAUCUGCGACAACAGACACUUCAACAAAUGCACCGAAUAUUGACAACUCGUCAGUCUGCUCGUGCGCUUCUCGCCGUACAUGACUACUUCUCCAGGCUACGAGCUCUUAGUUCACUGUGGCUUGCUCGGCCCCGAGAGUAAGACGUUUAACCGAAGCAAUAGUUGAUGGUGACACUGCAGAGACAUGAAAGGAACCCUCAAGGUAACACCUUUUUUGUAUCAUUCAUUGGCAAUGCCUUUCUUCUUGGGACUGAGAUUCAGAUCUGUCACAAAGAAUAAUUUGUUUGUAAUUUUGUAUUUUAGGUGUUGUUCUUCUUACAUCUGUAUAAAUAUUGAUACAAACAAACUCAACUUCCAUUGUUUAUUGGUAAAUUAAUAAUACUCUUUAUCUAGAA